UCCAUACACACUUCAUUUAUCUGUGUUUGGUGCCUGCUGAUUACCAGUCCAUUCUUAAAUAAAUACCCACUUCGGUUUUGAGAGAUUCUGAAGCUGGUGUCAGCCAAGUUGUUUGUUUGAGCUGGGUUUCAAAGCACGGUGCUGUCUACUCUGGAGCCAACAAAAUACAAGUCUUUGGCCAAACCCUGCCUGCUGGUGAUUUACAGUGCUGGAAUAUUUGUGAUUUCCAUGUUAGUACCAUACAUGGAAUUCUUGCUGGCAAUAUUCAAAUUCUAGUUAACCCCAUAUCAUCAAUUGUACAAGAUCAUGUCGCUUCUUUUCAACUAAGUCUUAUUGACAAGCCAGUCUUGUCUCGUUAUUCGAGCAAACCACAAGCUUGUAUCAGAAGAUUUCUUCCUAAAACAUCCUCAAUGAAUACGCGGUACCCCUUUCCAAUGAAUUCAUUCUGUGGUUCAAGUCCUGUAGCAUCUCCAGCAGGAGAAGAGCAUGGAACUGUGUCUCUCAGAAACAGGUCUGCUCGCACUCCCACUUCGUCAUUAUUGGUAAGAGCAGCGAUGAGAAUAUCUAGAGCAAGAUGGUUCACCUUCUUGAGAAGAGUAUUCCACUACCAGAAUGGCUCAAGGUCUAAUCUUGGGUCUAAUCCUUUCAACUCCAGCCCUUGGAUGAUGCUGGAGUUUGUAGCUUUGGUCAUUCAAAUAAGUAUUACGAUGUUCACCCUGGCUAUUUCCAAGGCAGAGAAGCCAGUUUGGCCUGUGAGAAUAUGGAUUAUUGGCUAUAAUAUUGGUUGUGUCCUUAGUCUGCUGCUGCUCUAUGGGCGAUACCGGCAAAUUAACACGACUCAAGCCGAUGGUUUUGGCCUACCUGAUUUGGAACAACAGAGGGGCAGUGAGGAAUCCAGUGUAUGCAGGUGCUCAAUUUUGAUGCACAAGUGCCGGACUUCACUCGAGCUCUUCUUUGCAAUAUGGUUUGUGAUGGGUAAUGUUUGGGUCUUUGAUUCUCGCUUUGGAUCCUACCACCGUGCUCCAAAACUCCAUGUGCUAUGCAUCUCUCUUCUUGCCUGGAAUGCUCUCAGUUACUCCUUCCCAUUUCUCUUGUUUCUACUGUUAUGUUGUUGUGUGCCACUCAUUAGCAGUGUCCUUGGUUAUAACAUGAACAUGGGGUCUGCCGAGAGAGGGGCAUCCGAUGAUCAAAUCUCCAGUCUACCAAGUUGGAGGUACAAAGCAGCUGACACCAACUCGGAGUUUCGCAAUAAUGCUGAUUGCAAUUCAACCAUUGCAAGUGAAGAUCUGGAAUGUUGUAUCUGCCUAGCCAAGUAUAAAGACAAAGAAGAAGUUAGGAAACUGCCAUGUUCCCAUAUGUUCCACCUCAAGUGUGUAGAUCAAUGGCUUCGAAUUAUAUCCUGCUGCCCUCUCUGUAAACAAGGAUUGGAGAGAUAGAGGGCAAGACAGCAAAAGAGAGCUGAAGUUUUUAUUAGGCUUUCUUUUCUGUUUUAAGCCUUUCUUCACAGUGUGCGAUAAAAAAUUAUAUGUAUUGGCUGGUUACUUGAGUGAGUUUUUGGCUUGUAUGAAGGAGCUCCCCAGUAACCAUAAGUAUAGAAUUCUGUCUUUGAGCUGUGCCCCAAAAUCUGUACACGAUUUUUGUUUCUUGUGAUUGCAAUAGAUACUGGUAUACAUGUAAAUGAACAUAAAUAAUCCAUGUAUUCAAAUUAAUAUUCCGGGCUAA